ACCUCCUCCAGUUUCCUCUCCCACCUGCAUCUCGCCGUGCGGUGUCCGUGAACCCUCGACUCUCCGUCGAGGCCGUCUGCCCGUGGAAGUACCGACCCGUCGGCCGACCGGUGUGGGGUCGCUCGGGGGGCCGUCGCCAGCGGCGCUGCGGCGCGAGGGCACCAGGUGAUCGGGGCCGGUCGGAGGCGUCAGUGGAGAGGUGGAACCGGAGCCGGACGGGGCGCAGCGACUGGCAGAGCGCGCGUGGCGUCAUUAGCACCAUGUCGGCUGCCGUCGUCAAACAGCUGGCUGCGGCCCUCAUCUGUGCGCAGACGUUCGUCAUCCUGGGCGGCGCCGUCGGCUCCGGCAGCGUCCUGUUCGCCCAGGAGACGUCAGCCCUGGCGCACGAUGAGCCCCCCGCCGCCGGCAGCAACGCCAGCAGGCUCUCCGUCACACAGAUCACCUGGAUCGUCUCCUCCUUCACCUUUGGCAACAUCCCGGGCACGCUGGCAUCCAUCUGGCUCUCCCCGCGCGUGGGCGCUCCUCGACUUCUUCUGGCCGCGCUGCCGCUGGCCCUCACAGGCGCUGCCAUGGUCGGACUGGGACCGACGUUCGCCUGGACGCUGGCCGGCCGCCUGCUCGUCGGACUCUAUUUUGGCGUGGUGGAGGGCCCGGCGCGUGCCUAUGUCGGAGAGGUGACUGGCCGGGAGGUGCGCGGACUGAUCGGUAACAUCCUCAACACAGUGACACCUGUCUGUAUCGUGGUGGUGCUGGGGCUGGGAUCGCGACUGCCCUGGCGCACGAUCGAGUUUGCGCUGGAGACCACUGCAGCCGUGGUACAGGCGUGCGGUCUGCUGUUCCUGCCCCGCUCGCCCAAGUGGCUGCUGGCGCACGGUCACUCACGAGAGGAAGCUGAGGAGUCACUCCGCUUCUUCCACGGACCCGAGUUCGACAUCAAGCAGGGCGUGCGGGACAUCGAGGGCUCUCUGGCGCACGCGCAUCAGCCGUCCUCCGGGGUUCUGCGCGGCCUGGGGCUGGUGUUUGGCCGCUGGGAGAACCUGCACCCGACGCUGCUGCUGCUGGUGCAGUUCUUCUGUAUGGUGUUCUCUGGCGGUCUGGGCGUGGCUCAGUUCGCGCCGACCGUGUUCCAGCUGACCGGCCAGGACGUGAACCCGUUCUACAGCUCCGUGUACGUCACGGCCGCCAUGUCGCUGGCGUUCCUGCUCUCCGGGCCACUGCUGGAGCGCUGCAGUCGCGUUCUGCUGCUCCAGGUCGCUGGCCUGCUCGGGUUGGCCGGAUGUUCGGCAAUCGGCGCCUACUUCUGGCAAGCUGCCGCUGACGGCAGCAGUGGCGGCCAACACGCCUGGCUGGUCCUCGCCGGUGCACUAGCCACCGUGCUCUCCUACGGCGCCGGCAUCGCGCCCGUCUCCUUCACCUACCUGGUCGAGCUGCUGCCCAACAGUACGCGAGCCAUCACCAUCAAUAUGGUGCUCCUCUACUUCAGCCUGGUGCAGUUCUGUGCCGUCCACUUCUUCCCGGCGAUGGAGCGGGGGCUGGGAAACCACGGCACCUUCUGGCUGUUUGCCGCAGUGAACGCGCUGCAGGUGUUGCUGGCCACGUUCGCUCUGCCUGAGACUCGUGGUCUGUCGCUGGAGGAGAUCCAGCACAAGUUCUUCGCGGCGCGGCGGCGCUCGUCAGCCGGCGGACAGAAGGGCGAGCAGCCCAUCGUCAACAGCUCCGAGGACGUGGAAAGGGGUCAAGUGAACGCCGCCGCCGAGCUGAGUGACGAGGACACAGCGAGGGAGGACGGUAGGAGGACUGAGAGCCAGAGGAGCGAGCCGGCGCCUCAGACGGCCGAGGAGCUGGAGAGGAGACGAUCCUCCGGGUCGGUGCUCGACGCCGUCUACCCGGCCGGGUGUUUUGUGUGAUCGGACCGACCGAGUUUUAUUUAUUUGUGAGUGUGUCGUGCCAUUGGUGGAGAGGACCGAUGGACCGACAGUCGUGAAUAUGGGAUGUGAAGACGGGCGGGUGCAGUCGAGUGAAGACCCGCUGACGUGUCUGUCCCUAUUGCCAGGGAGACGAUCUCUGGAUAGACAACUGUGAUGGUGCCUGCUCGCCUAUAUUGUGCUCGUAUUUACUAUUUAUUUCUAAGAUAAGUUGCCGCUCUCAGAGCUGUGUUUCAAGUGAUGUUAUUGCUGCUUGCUGAUAGUGCCUCCCUGACAUAUAGUAACUUGCUGCUGUUAGAAUAAGUUCUUCUAUAAGCUAGAAGAUGCAGCUACUCUGCCACUGUCGCUGCUCAGUCAACCUAUGUCUGCUUUAUUUGUCAUUUCUGUUCGCUUACUUAACUGUUUACUUCAAAUCGCACAAUUCAUGGACAUCGAGAUACUCGGCAAAGUUUCUGUAACCUAUAUCACUGAUAUUCCAAAGUCGACUCAAUCGUUUCGAAUGAACCUGCAACAAAAGACAAUCACUCUCAUUACGUCUCCGGCUAACCAGCAGAGAAGACAGAUUUGUGCGCGUAACGGCGUUCGUGUUGAGAAUUGCGACCUAAAAGGUCUAAUUGGAGUAAUCGUUCCCAAUUGUGAAUUGCACCAGACCUAACCGCGGGAUGGGUGAGAGAUCCAAUAACGCAGUCCAUGUCAUCUGCGAUAUAUCCUUCGGAACCUGUGUGUAAUGAUUUGGAUGGACAGGCGCAGAGGUGUGUUGUGGUCGGUUAUUUAUAUGUAUUUUUGUAAGAUGCGUGUUGCCCGGAGUGGUUAUCCCGGAGUCGCUAUGUUCGCUAUGCUCUAUGCUGUCUUGCCAUGCUCUAUGCUAUGGUCUGUGCUAUAAAUGUUCAGCCAUGCUGGCGUAACUGUCAGCCAAUAAAGGCAUCACCCACGAAA